CAACAAUAUCUUAAACCUUUUAUUUGCCAAUUCACAACAGUACCUUUUAAACCUUUAUUUAUCGAUUCACAACAGUAAUAAAAUAUGAUCCACUAAACCUGCAAAACCUAGAAUUUCCAAUACCUUUUAAGCCUUUAUUCAAUUCUCAAUGGUACAUGUUUAUAAACCAAUUGUUCGAUUCACAUCAACGCCCAUUAUUGUUAGUUACCCUUAACUCUUUAAUCUUUAUUAACAAUCAUUAUUUGUACACCAUGUACGUCAAUAACAAUUUGUAUUUUGUCGUAGGAAACCUCGUUACUGAAAUAUACAUUUUUUCAAGAAAAAGUUCUCAUCUAUGUAUGGCCGGUAGAAAAGAGUGUUUCCCUAACCAAUUCGCCUUAUUUCACUCUUUCGAGUAUUAUUCCUUUUGUUCGGCUCACAAAUCUAGAUAGCAAGAAGAACGCAGUCCACCAGUAGAUUGAAGCCAGAUAAUUAAAUAAUAAACAUUUUUAUUAAGGCCAGAUAAGUUGAAGUUUUAUCAUGCUUUUGAAAUGGGAAAAACGACGGUUUUGUGUUUUUAAAUAAAACUAUAGUGCCCAAAAAUAUUUAUUUCGAUCUAUCUUGGUAAAUUUUUAAAAUAAUAAAAAUCUUUUGAUUGAUUUAAACUAGGAUAACCAAGCCGGUUUCAAGAGAACCCAUUUCAAUAUGCUUUAAAACUUUUAAAUUCUAUUUUUUUCACUAUAAUUAUUGUUGUCUGUUCGUAGGCAUUCAGGUUAGCCAAGAAAAAACAGGCGGUUCUUGUAAUUCAGGAAUCAAAAUCAUUAAAUUAGGGAAUCGAAUUAAAAUUAUUUACAACUACUUUACAGGGAAGUUAAGGGAAUUUUACUUUACCAUGUGUUCCCAAGACCAAUUUUGUCUAUAAAACAUCCCAAGCUCAGCGAGGUAUGUCUUUUAGACAAAAUUAGAGUAGGGCAACUCACAAGACCCCAAAGAAGAUUUACAUCUUGUAGAAAUCAAAACGUUUUGCUUUAAAACAAAUAACGACAUUAACGAUUAAACCAAUUUAACACAAAAUCCGCAAAAAAUUUGCAUAACGACGACAAAAUGGCGGCUUAAAAAUCAAUAUUUUAAUAUGUACUUAAAGAACAAAAUUAAAAUUGUUAUUGCACUUGAUAGACCUUUAUGGUCUUUAUCAUCUUACUGUAAUAAAUAUAAUAUCUUACUAUAUCUUUGUACCCUGUUAUAUGCUAAUCUAUAGAGUUCAAUGAUCUGACUGUUGGUCAGUUUGAUUUUACCUGUACCGUUAUACCUAAAUAUGGUUAGUUACAGAGAUACUCUGAAUACUAAUGGUUUGUGUUAAUUAUUAGAUUCAGUGGGAUUUAAGCAUAGUUAGAGAUUGCUUAUAGAAUACUUUUGGAGCUGUGGAAUUGUUAAAGACUAUUUGUGGGGUUUUGUGAAUUUUUACUGCUCAGACAUUUCCUUGUUCUACCAACACUCUCCACUUGCAAUACACUUUUUCCCUUUCAGUCCACUUGUACACUGCAGUUGCCUUGUUCAUAUUAUUAUCCUCUAAUGCAUUUUGGAUCAUGUAAAAGUUGUCUGCUUUGUAUUUAGAAAGUUUUAGGCACACAUUUUUUGUGUAUUAAGCAUCCCAAGUGUCCUCUAAGUAUGGGUAAACCAUAUAUUCUCUUAGUAAGUUAUUUAGAUAGAUAAGUUCAAUCUAAAUAGUCAGGAACUGGCCCUUUGAAUCUGCUCAGACUGAGCGCAUAAAGAGAAGCGGAAAGACGAACGUGAGCAGCAAAGGGAAGCUCUGACCGCAAAAGAAGGGGCACUCCUAUCAUUUCAGAUAUAAUAUAAAAUAAGAGUGUUUCGAAAGGGAGACUUCCAUACAAUCCAAAGAAAAGGAUUCUACAGUCCUCUUUCCCUGGUUGGUAUUAAAAUCAUACCCGUGAAGGGAUUAUUAUAAAAUUAUUAUAAUUAACAUUCAGGGCACCAAUUACUCCACCGGAGGGAUGGUAAUUAACACUGAAGACUGUCCUGAGUGUUAAAUUCCAUCCCUCUGAUGGAGUAAUUGGUGUCCCAAUUGUUAGUUACCAUCCCUCCGAUGGAGUAAUUAGUGUCUUGAGUGUUAAUUAUCAUUCCUCUGAUGAAGUAAUUGGUGUCCCAAUUGUUAGUCACCAUCCCUCCGAUGGAGUAAUUAUAGUCAUGAGAGUUUAUAAUAAUCCCUCCAAUAGAACAAUUAGUGUCCUGAGUGUUAAUUACCAUCACUCUGAUGGAGUAAUUAGUGUCUUGAGUGUUAAUCCCUCUAAUGAAGUAAUUAGUGUCCGUGGUGUUAAUUACCAUCCCUCAGCUGAGGUAAUUAGUGUUCUGAGAAUUAAUCACUAUCUAUUAUGUGGAGUAAUUAGUGUCUUGAGUGUUAAUUAUCAUCCCUCUAAUGAAGUAAUUAGUGUCCGUGGUGUUAAUUAUCAUCCCUCUGGUGAAGUAAUUAGUGUUCUGAGUGUAACUCCGAUGGAGUAAUUAGUGUUGAAUAAAAAAAAACAUUCCCUCCUGUGAAAACAAAUUCCCUGUGGUGGCCUCCGCUCCAGCGGAGGGGACCCAAUAUGCUGCUGCAAACUUCAAUCUCUUGUUAAAAGAUAAGGUUGCUGUCUAUAUGUUUAUAAAAAGGGUGUAUUGAACAAGAUUAUAGGCAGACUUUUACAAUCUUCAGAUCAAGUAACAAGUCUUCAUCAAACUAUAUGAAGAAGGCUGAAACAGAAACUUUCCUAGCUCAAGAUAAGAAGUUAAAGGCAGAUGCAGAUGCAGAGAAGAAACUGAAAAGAUGAAAGGUCUUAAUGAAGAAAAACUGGAAAAGGAAACAGGCAAAGAAGCAACCAAUCUGGUUUCUCAGACGAAAUUAAAGAUUUUCAAAAGCAUAAGCGGUAAUGGCCUGAAAAAGAUUCUUGUGAUUGGUAAGACAGGAACUGGGAAGAGUACUCUCUGCAAUGUACUCGCAGGAAAGGAGUAUGAUGCUGAUUAUUUCAAAACUUCCUCAGAUGGUACAACCUGUACCAAGAAAACUAAGUUUAAAGUCGUAUUCUUUAAUGGAGAUAAAAAUAAACCAGUCUCCCUUAUAGAUACCAUUGGGUUUGAUGAUCCUACAAAAGAUCAUGAUGCUGAAAUUAUUGCUGAACUUGCAGUCAAGCUGAAUACUGGAUGUGAUUAUGUCAAUCUGUUUGUCCUUGCAGUUAAUGGACAGAACCCAAGACUAGAUGGAUCCCUGCUGAAAAUGAUCAGGAUAUUGGAAGGAAUGUUUGGCAAAUAGUUUUGGAAUCAGGUCGUUCUUGUUUUUACUCGCAUGCCGAUGAAUCUAAGAGAUAAGGAGAAGAGAGAAAAAAAAAUAAACAAGAAAACAGAUGAUGAAUUUGCAGCAGACUUCAUAAAGAUAGCAGAGGAACAGUUUGGGGAUUGCAGCGGGCUACGCUAUCUUUACAUGGAUGCAAUUUAUGAAAAAGAUGAUGAUGAUGAGAAAGCUGCAUUUGAUUCUGCUUGUACUAAGCUUUAUGAAAUGUUAGAAGAGUUACCUGGGCUCUCGACAGAGAAUGUAAAGAAGGUUGAAACAGACAAUGCACUAUUGCAACAAAAGAUUAAAGAAAAGGAACAGGAAGUAGGGAAAAUGAAGAUGGUCGUUCUUUGCGUUUCCUCAGCUGCUUUACUUGGGGCAUUAGCUUUGACUCCUUUUAUAGUUGUUGAGGGCGCUUUUGGCAUUACUGCCGCUGUGGCCGCUGGGGUACUUGUGAAUGCCGGGGUCAUUGGGACCACCUGGACCAACGGGAACCCAUUGGCCGAGACCAUUAGAGCCGCCAGGGCCAUUUGGGCCGCCAGGGCCAUUUGGGCCGCCAGGGCCAAUGGGACUGCUGCAGGAGGUAAGGCUAAAGGUGAUAGAAAUGAAACUGAUGGGAAUGAAACUGAUGGGAAUGAAACUGAUGGAAAUGAAACUGAUGGAAAUGAAAUGUUAGGUUCAAAUGAAGAAUCUGGAAAGGCAAUCCCAGAAGCGGAAAAGAAAUAACAAUAUUUGGGUGUAUCUCAAUAAACUGCCAUGUUUAUUU